CUUAGCACAGAUCUUUAACUGAUCACUGGAGCUUUGUGAGCUCUCCUGCAUGUGCAACAUGUUUGCCUGCAAAUUGCCAGAAGCGCUUUUUCACUCGUGCCACUCAAGAUGCAGAUGUGUCGUCUGCUGUGCAUCGUCUUCUUGGCUCUGAUAAUAAUGCCAAGCAUCCCGGUUGGUGUGGAUGGCUGUGACUUAGAUAUGUCUAUAUGCGGGGCCUAUGCACCUGGCGACAUAUUGAUCGGUAUAAUGUUGCCAUGUCAUCAUAAAGUGAAGGGUCUCCAUGAACGGAUUAAACCUGAAAGGUUCCAAUGCACAGGUUUUGACCUGCGAUCAUUCUUGGAAUCUUUAGCUCUAAUCCAUGAAAUUGAGCAGAUAAAUGCAGCUGGCUUCCUCCCAGGAGUACAACUUGGAUAUUUGUUGUGUGACACAUGUGCCAGUGCAAGCAAGGCAUUGCAGAAUCUGGGGGAGAUGCUAACAAUCAACCACUCUUUGACACUGCAAUGCGACCUCACCAACUUCAGACCCAGAGUCAAGAUUAUUAUUGGAGCUAAAUACUCGGAGGUGACCAUCGCUGUGGCCAAAAUGUUGAAUUUGAACAUGAUCCCUCUAAUUAGCUGCAAAUCAUCUACAGCAGAACUGAGUGAUAAGAUGCGCUACCCAGUUUUUCUGCGUACUAUUCCCAGUGAUAAGCAUCAGAGCAAAGCAGUGGCUAAAAUGAUGCAUUACUUUGGCUGGAACUGGGUCGGUGUAGUUUAUGGGGACGACGAAUACGGCAAAGCAGCUUUCCAAAGCUUCCUCGAGGAUGCUGAGGCAAAUAGUGUGUGCUUGGACUAUCAGCAGGUAAUACCUCAUUAUCUGGACCUUUCAAACAACAGGCAAUACAUUGAGAAAGUCGCCCAGCGGAUCCGCUCCUCCAAUGCCAAGGUGGUACUACUAAUACUAAAGGCAGAGCUGGUGAGGGUCCUCUUUCAGGAAAUGCUGAGGACCAACACAACAAGGACCUGGGUGGCCUUUGAUUCCUGGUCCUCUAACAGGGUCGUUUCCCUAAUGGAUGGUAUCAAUGGGGUUGGGGACAUCUUGGGCUUUAGAUUUGCUUCAGGCAAGAGUGAAUCAUUUCAUAAAUAUCUCAAGAAUCUGACAGCACCCCCAGAAGGAUACAACUAUUUCAUAGAAAAAUACAAGAACCUGAGAUUCAACUGCACCCCAGAAUGCUUCUCAAACAAGCCUCCAUCCUAUUGUCCCCCGCCUGAGCUCCUGAAAGUGAAAUCUGACAAUGCAUGCAAUCUCCAGGAUCCCCAAGAGCAAAACGAUGACUAUCUUGUUGAGGCCCUGGAUACAAGUCAUACCUACCUUGAUAGAGUAACUGUGUGGGCCAUAGCAAAUGCUCUCAAAACGCUUCUAAAGUGCAACAGUUCCUCCUGCAUGGGAGAAAUUAACUUCCAACCAUGGAAGCUUCUUAAAGAAAUGAAGAAGGUUAAGUUUGAGUAUGACAACAAUAUUUUCUUUUUUGACAAAAAUGGUGAUAUGUCAAAUUUUUAUGAACUAAACAUGUGGGAAAAGAACGGAAACACCAGAAGAUUUAAAAUAAUUGGGAAGUACCAUGUCCUCGAGGAACAAAUAAAACUAAAAGAUAUGGAAAAUGUCAUCUGGUUUUCAACAGCCAGUAACAAGACCCCUCAGUCUAGAUGCUCAGAGCGAUGCACCCCUGGCUCAGUAAAGAAGAUCUUGAACGUUUCCUGCUGUUACAACUGCACCUUAUGUGAGGAGGGGACCUAUACAGAUGACUGGGAUCUUAAUAACUGCAAAAAGUGUCCAAACGGAACUUGGUCUCUCAAGGGAUGGACUCAGUGCAAGCCAAGAUCGGAGUUGUACCUGCUGUGGAGCGAUCCUCAUCCCAUUGCCAUGGUGGCUGCUGCAGCUUUUGGUGUCUUGAUUUUGUUGGUUGUCUUCAUUAUCUUUAUGGUGUACAAAGAUUCCCCACCAAUGAAAAGAGCUGAGGUGAGACUGUCCUGUGUGAUGAUGGUUGGUCUGUCAGUGAGCUUUGCAAGUGUGGUAUGCUUUAUGGGCAAGCCCAGUGUACAUCUCUGCCGGGCUCGCCAGGUAAUGUAUGCUAUGGGCUUUACCCUGUGUGUGUCCUGCAUUCUAGUCAAAGCCUAUCGUACCUUUGUGGCUUUCCUACCCUUUGGUCAGCUGACAAACAGGCGACUACACAAACUUUACAACCCGCCUGUAACUGUUAUUGUCCUAACUUCCCUCCAGGGGAUCAUCUGUAUUUUAUGGCUGAUCUUUGAUUCUCCUCACAUUGAUAAAACUCCUCCAUCCCCACAAAGCAUGAGGAAAAUAAUCCAGUGUAGUGAAGGUGUCACAUACAUAGGUUUUGGCAUUAUGCUGGGCUACAUAGCUCUGUUAGCUUUGGUUGGCUUCAUCUUGGCUGUCAAAGGCAGGAAGGUACCACAGGAGUUCAGUGAAACAGGUUACAUACUCUUUAGCAUGCUGAUGUACUUGUUUGUAUGGGUGUGUUUUAUCCCAGUCUAUAUCCUCAAAGGUGAAGAAGGCAUUUCUGUGCAAGCCACAGCCAUUCUCAUGUCCAGCUAUGGCAUAAUAUUCUGCCACUUUUUACCCAAGUGCUACGAAGCACUUCAUGGGUCAAAGACAGAUACACUGGAGACGAUGCUAAGAAAAUGGCAAGUCAAAUCCAGACCAAAUCUUGACUCAGAGUCAGAGAUAGACAUAGAUAUCCCUGGUCUGAGUACACACUUCCAAAAGAAUAGCAUGUGUUCAACAUCAAGUACAUCAACUAUACUGACCAAUUUAGAGACACCGAGCGUUGUCAGUCCUACUGAUUCAGAACAGGUCAUAAAGCCAAAGUCCUUUGACAAGAUGAAGGCCUAUCCUAGGUCUGAAAGACAGCUGAAAAGAAGACGUAGGAGUAUAUCCUUCUAA